GCUACAUGGGCACCCGGGCCGCCUGCUCGCGGAGAGGCUCCCUGCCUCGCCUGCAGGUGAGGACCUGGAUCGAGCCCGUGGUGGCGUCGACCCAGCUGGCCGUGUCCCUGUACGACGCAGGGCUGCUGCUGGUGGUGAAGGAGUCGUUCGGCAACAGCCCGGGGGUCUUCUCCAACCACAGUGCCAGCUCGUCCCCCCGGGCGUCUCCGGAGGACCAACAGCAGAAAGCCAUCUCCAACUUCUACAUCCUCUACAACCUGCUGGCGGGCCUGACGCCCCUGCUGUCUGCCUACGGGCUGGGCUGGCUCAGCGACCGCUACCACCGCAAGAUCUCCAUCUGCGUGUCGCUGCUGGGCUUCCUGCUCUCGCGUCUCGGGCUGCUGCUCAAGGUGCUGCUGGACUGGCCGGUGGAGGUGCUGUACGGGGCGGCAGCGAUCGGCGGGCUGUGCGGUGGCUUCUCCGCCUUCUGGUCGGGGGUCAUGGCCCUGGGGUCCCUGGGCUCCUCCGAGGGCCACCGCUCUGUGCGUCUCAUCCUCAUCGACUUGAUCCUGGGCUUGGCGGGCUUCUGCGGGAGCAUGGCAUCGGGGCAUCUCUUCCAGCAGAUGACUGGGCGCUCCGGGCACGGCCUGGUGCUGACGGCCUGCAGCGUGAGCUGCGCGGCUUUUGCCCUUUUCUACAGCCUCUUUGUGCUGAAGGUGCCUGUGUCGGUGGCCAAGCCCAGCAAGGCACUGUCCUCGGUGGAUUCCGUGUGUGGCACAGUUGGCACAUACCGCACCCUGGACCCAGAUCAGCCCCACAAGCAGAGCGAGGCAGGGCACCUUCCAGCUCCUAGCAAAGCCAAGCCCCAAAAAACUGUCAUUGCCCUGCUCUUUGUGGGUGCCAUCAUAUAUGAACUGGCCGUGGUGGGCACGGUGGAUGUGAUGCCACUUUUUGUGCUAAGGAAGCCUCUCAGCUGGAACCAGGUUCAGGUGGGCUACGGCAUGGCUGCGGGGUACACCAUCUUCAUCACCAGCUUCCUGGGCGUGCUGGCCUUCUCCCGCUGCUUCCGGGACACCACCAUGAUCAUGAUUGGGAUGGUCUCCUUCGGGUCCGGAGCCCUCCUCAUGGCUUUUGUGAAAGAGACAUACAUGUUCUACAUCGCACGGGCCGUUAUGCUGUUUGCCCUCAUCCCCAUCACAACCAUCCGGUCAGCAAUCUCCAAACUCAUAAAGGGCUCCUCCUAUGGAAAGGUGUUUGUCAUCCUGCAGCUGUCCCUGGCUCUGACGUGGGUGGUGACAUCCAUACUGUUUAACGAGAUCUAUCAGCUCACCAUGGAAAAGUUUGUGGGCACCUGCUUUGUUCUCUCAUCCUUUCUCUCCUUCAUGGCCAUCAUCCCGAUUGGCAUAGGGGCCUAUAAGCAAGCCUCGUGGUCGCAGUAUGGAGACAUCACAGAGAAAUGAAGGUGCCGACCCAGAGCGCUGGACAUACCAGCGAUGGCUGGGCCCUGAG